AAACGUCAGAUUGCAUAAAUAUCGAUAGCAAGCCAAGAAGUAGCACUACUGAAAAUCCGCCCCCGUGACUAAAGUUUAUAAAAGCAAAUGCAAACGCAGCGUAGGAGUUCAGUGCCGUAUCAAAAAUCAGCGUGCUUUAGUCGCCCAGCAGAGCAGCAGCAGCCAGCAAUAAACCCGAAAGGCCAGCCACAAGAGCGAGUUGCUUUAAAUUAGAUUUCUAAUCACCCUAAAAACACAAAAAAAACAAAGCAAAAUGUCGUCUACAGAGCAACUGAGUCCCGAAAACCCCAUCUAUGGCCCCUUCUUCGGUGUUAUGGGCGCUGCGUCCGCCAUUAUCUUCUCAGCACUCGGCGCCGCCUAUGGCACGGCUAAGUCUGGUACCGGUAUUGCUGCCAUGUCAGUGAUGCGUCCUGAACUGAUCAUGAAAUCCAUCAUUCCUGUGGUCAUGGCGGGUAUCAUUGCCAUUUACGGUCUGGUCGUCGCUGUCCUGAUUGCCGGCCAACUGGAUACGCCCGUAACUUAUACCUUAUACAAGGGUUUCAUUCAUUUGGGUGCUGGGUUGUCAGUGGGCUUCUCGGGCCUGGCAGCCGGCUUUGCGAUCGGUAUCGUUGGUGAUGCCGGUGUUCGUGGCACAGCACAGCAGCCUCGUCUGUUUGUCGGCAUGAUCCUGAUUCUCAUCUUCGCCGAAGUGUUGGGUCUCUACGGUUUGAUUGUUGCCAUCUAUCUGUACACGAAAUAAAUCAAUCAAUUCAAACAACAACAACACACACACACACACACACCAACAACAACAAGUAGACAAACAGCCCAGCAAUCAACAACAACAAAAUCAACAACAACAACUGCAAGUAAAAAGUGUAUCAAAUAUAUAGUAAAAAAAACCAUCCAACAAAUAUUGAAAAAGGAAGGAAAAAAGAAUCGCAACUUGGUGGCAACUCUGGUGGCCGUUUGUAUAUAGCAAAAAAACAAAAAACAAAUAACAAUUAUAAUCAACUGCAAUUUGAUGAUGAGUUGGACGCCAGUGUUGCUGCCACAUUGUCGCACUUUUUCCAGUGUGUGCAACACGAACAACAACAACAACAAGUGUUUAUUUUUUCCUAUUUUCUUUUACAUUGCUAAAUUGCUGGUGCUCUGUUUAGUUUAGAUUUAUUAUUUCCGUUCAAAACAAAAAAAAAAACAACAAAAAAAAUCAAUUUUGCAGUUAAGUUCAUAAAGUUUGUAAUCAAAUAUCAAA